CCUUGACUGUCAGUUGCACACGGUGCAGGGAAUCCUGGCUGCCGAGGAGGGCAUGGAGAGCCGACUGUUGAGCCUGGUUGAGAGCCACGGAAAGUCCAUGAUAUGCCUCUACACUCACCGGAGGAUGGCCAUCACAGCUGAGGACGUUGGCCUGGACAGGGUUCUCCUCAUCCAGGAGGGAUUUUCAGUGGAAGAAGUCACCCAGGAGAAUGACCUGCAGAUUCCAGGUUCUGAUGUUACAGUCCGGAUCACCUCAGGCAGUGCCAACUUGCUGAUGCAGCUGCCUUUCGGCUCGCACACCCAGAUGUUCCUGAAGGAGGUCAGGAAGCGCUGCAGUCCAGGGAACAAAGAUGCAACAGCAGCGGACCCAGAAUGGAGCACCAGUGAUGAUGUCAAGGUUGCCCCCAGGUACAGGCACCAGAAGAUGGUCCAUUCAUCCAGUGCGCCAGCAUCUGAGCAGACACAGGGCCUGUCCACUCGGCUGUGCAGGCCAAGAGACACCCUCAUCCAGUCUUGGCUCAAGCAGAAGGAAGCUUCAUACACACACCUCCAGAGCUUCAGGUUCUUUGUCGGGACGUAUAAUGUGAAUGGUCAGUCACCCCGAGAGAGCCUGCAGCCCUGGCUAAGCCAAGAGGGGGAGCCUCCCGAUGUUUACUGUGUGGGCUUCCAAGAGCUUGACCUGAGCAAAGAGGCCUUUUUCUUCAAUGACACACCCAAGGAAGAGGAAUGGUUCAAGGCCGUCACCGAGAGCCUUCACCCAGGAGCCAAGUAUGCCAAGGUGAAGCUUAUCCGGCUGGUUGGGAUCCUGUUGCUGCUGUACGUGAGGACUGAGCUGGCCAUGAACAUCUCCGAGGUGGAGGCCGAGACGGUCGGCACAGGCAUCAUGGGCAGAAUGGGCAACAAGGGCGGGGUUGCCAUCAGGUUCCAGUUCCACAACACCACCGUCUGCGUGCUCAAUGCUCACCUGGCAGCCCACCCUGAGGAGUACGAGCGACGGAAUCAGGAAAUCCAAGACAUCUGUGCCCGCCUGCAGUUCCACCAGCUGGAGCCCGGACGCCCACUGCUUGCCAUAAAUGGACAUGAUGUUGUCUUUUGGUUGGGAGACCUGAACUACCGACUGGAGGAGCAGGACAUGGUGCAGGUGAAGAAGCUGAUCCAGGCUCAGGACUUCCAAAUCCUUCAUCAGCAGGACCAGCUGAAGAUUCAGAUGGAUGCCAAGAUGGUCUUUGAAGGCUUCCAGGAGGGAGAGAUUUCUUUCCAGCCAACCUACAAAUACAAACCUGGCUCUAAUGACUGGGAUGACAGUGAGAAGCGUUGUGUCCCAGCCUGGUGUGACAGGAUCCUCUGGAGAGCGAAGACCGUCUCUCAGCUGAGCUACCAAAGCCACAUGGCCAUGAAGAACAGUGACCACAAGCCUGUCAGUGCGGUCUUCGACGUUGGGGUAAAGGUGGUGGAUGAGAAGUGCUAUCGCAAAGCCUUUGAGGAAAUUGCACGUUCCUUGGAUAAGAGGGAGAACGCCAGCAUCCCAUCAGUGACUCUGUCCAAAAGAGAGUUCAUUUUCAAGGAUGUGAAGUACCUACAGCUUCAAGUGGAGUUUUUCACCAUCUGUAAUGGCCCAGUUGCCUGCCAGUUUGAGUUUAUUAACAAACUGAAUGAAGACACCUAUUGCAAGCCAUGGCUGAUCGCAAAACCAAGAGAGGGCUUCCUGUUGCCAGGUUCUGAGGUAGUGAUCAAGUUGGAAUUAUUUGUGAAUAAAUCAACAGCAACAGCCUUGAACUCUGGAGAGGACAAGCUGGAGGACAUCUUGGUGCUCCACCUGGUUAGGGGAAAGGAUUAUUUCCUGUCUGUAUCGGGGAACUACUUGCCCAGCUGUUUCGGGUGCCCUAUCCAGACCCUCUGCUACAUGAAGGAGCCCAUCCGUGAGAUGUUGCCAGAGGCCAUCAGGGAGCUGACCUUGAUGCCGUUGUUGACAGACGAUGCUUUUCGGGAUGAGAAGCCCUUGGACAUCCCCAAGGAGUUGUGGAUGAUGGUGGACCACCUCUACCGCAAUGCUUGUCAACAGGAAGACCUGUUUCAACAGCCAGGUUUGAGGGCAGAGUUUGAACUGAUCCGUGACUGGUUGGAAACAGGGACCCUGGAUGUUCUUGCGCCAGUUGGCAGCAACCACUCUGUGGCUGAAGCGCUGCUGCUCUUCUUAGAGAGCCUUCCUGAGCCAGUCAUCUGCUACAAGCUGUACAGAAGCAGCCUGGAAUGUGCCAACAGCUACAAGAUGAGCAGUCAGGUUAUUUCUCUGCUGCCCAAGUGCCAUCAAAAUGUAUUCCGUUACCUGAUAGCGUUUCUGCGGGAGCUUCUGAAACACUCUGGGAAGAAUAAUUUGGAUGUGAAUAUUCUUGCUAGCAUCUUUGGAGGCCUGUUGCUGCGCCUGCCCCCAGGCCACACCAAACCAGGCACAGUUGAGAAGCAGAAGGCUCAGCAAUUUAUCCAGCAGUUUCUCUGCCAGGAAGAGGGCACAAUGUGAAGGUCAUGGACAUGCCAAGUUAUAGAUUGCUGCAAUGAUAACACUGCAUACAUUCCAGAUAUUAGAUUUGAUAGAACAUUAAUAUCUCUUCAUGCAAAUACAAGCAUGUAUUCUGGCAUACAAGUCCAGUAUGACAUACUACUUGCACAGCUGCUUGCAGGCUCAAGUAAUAAAGCAGUUUUGUUUGUGUAUUGCUGCCUCCUCGGUUAACUGAU